ACGAAGCCCCGCCCGCGAAGAGGUUCCAUAUUGGGUAAAAUCUCGGCUCUCGGAGAGUCCCGGGAGCAGUUCUCGCGAGAGUACUGCGGGAGGCUCCUGUUUGCUGGCUGUGGAACCGCGACCACUGGAGCCUCAGCGGGCGCAGCAGCUGGAUCCGGAGUACUGCGACGCAGCUCGGAGUCGGCCUUGUAGGGACGAAGGUGCAGGGAGAUCGCGGCAGGCGCAGCCUUGAGCGCCGGAGCGCGUCCCUGCCCUUAGCGGGGCUUGCCCCAGUCGCAGGGGCGCAUCCAGCCGCGGCGGCUGACAGCAGCCGCGCGCGCGGGAGUCUGCGGGGUCGCGGCAGCCGCACCUGCGCGGGCGACCAGCGCAAGGUCCCCGCCCGGCUGGGCGGGCAGCAAGGGCCGGGGAGAGGGUGCGGGUGCAGGCGGGGGCCCCAUAGGGCCACCUUCUUACCCGGCGACUGCCGCUGGAAAAUGUCUCAGGAGAGGCCCACGUUCUACCGGCAGGAGCUGAACAAGACAAUCUGGGAGGUGCCCGAGCGUUACCAGAACCUGUCUCCAGUGGGCUCCGGCGCCUAUGGCUCUGUGUGUGCCGCUUUUGACACAAAAACGGGGUUACGUGUGGCAGUGAAGAAGCUCUCCAGACCAUUUCAGUCCAUCAUUCAUGCCAAAAGAACCUACAGAGAACUGCGGUUACUUAAACAUAUGAAACAUGAAAAUGUGAUUGGUCUGUUGGACGUUUUUACACCUGCAAGGUCUCUGGAGGAAUUCAAUGAUGUGUAUCUGGUGACCCAUCUCAUGGGGGCAGAUCUGAACAACAUUGUGAAAUGUCAGAAGCUUACAGAUGACCAUGUUCAGUUCCUUAUCUACCAAAUUCUCCGAGGUCUAAAGUAUAUACAUUCAGCCGACAUAAUUCACAGGGACCUAAAACCUAGUAAUCUAGCUGUGAAUGAAGACUGUGAGCUGAAGAUUCUGGAUUUUGGACUGGCUCGGCACACAGAUGAUGAAAUGACAGGCUACGUGGCCACUAGGUGGUACAGGGCUCCUGAGAUCAUGCUGAACUGGAUGCAUUACAACCAGACAGUUGAUAUUUGGUCAGUGGGAUGCAUAAUGGCCGAGCUGUUGACUGGAAGAACAUUGUUUCCUGGCACAGACCAUAUUAACCAGCUUCAGCAGAUUAUGCGUCUGACGGGAACACCCCCCGCUUAUCUCAUUAACAGGAUGCCAAGCCAUGAGGCAAGAAACUAUAUUCAGUCUUUGACGCAGAUGCCGAAGAUGAACUUUGCGAAUGUAUUUAUUGGUGCCAAUCCCCUGGCUGUCGACUUGCUGGAGAAGAUGCUUGUAUUGGACUCAGAUAAGAGAAUUACAGCAGCCCAAGCCCUUGCACAUGCCUACUUUGCUCAGUACCACGAUCCUGAUGAUGAACCAGUGGCCGAUCCUUAUGAUCAGUCCUUUGAAAGCAGGGACCUCCUUAUAGAUGAGUGGAAAAGCCUGACCUAUGAUGAAGUCGUCAGCUUUGUGCCACCGCCCCUCGACCAAGAAGAGAUGGAGUCCUGAGCACCUGGUUUCUGUUCUGUCGAUCCCACUUCACUGUGAGGGGAAGGCCUUUUCACGGGAACUCUCCAAAUAUCAUUCAAGUGCCUCUUGUUGCAGAGAUUUCCUCCAUGGUGGAAGGGGGUGUGUGUGCGCGUGUUAGUGUGUGUGCAUGUGUGUGUCUGUCUUUGUGGGAAGGUAAGACAAUAUGAACAAACUAUGAUCACAGUGACUUUACAUGAGGUUGUGGUAACUUUACAUGAGGUUGUGGAUGCUUCAGGGCAGCCUCCACCUUGCUCUUCUUUCUGAGAGUUGGCUCAGGCAGGCAAGCUGCUGUCUUUUUAGGAAUAUGUUCAAUGCAAAGUAAAAAAAUAUGAAUUGUCCCCAAUCCUGGUCAUGCUUUUGCCACUUUGGCUUCUCCUGUGACCCCCACCUUGACGGUGGGGCAUAGACUUGACAACAUCCCACAGUGGCACAAGAGAAGGCCCACACCUUCUGGUUGCUUCAGACCCAACGCUGUCCCUCAGUGAUGCGUACAGCCAAAAAGGACCAACCGGCUUCUGUGCACUAGCCUGUGAUUAACUUGCUUCGUAUGGUUCUCAGAUCUUGACAGGUGUAUUUGAAACUGUAAAUAUGUUUGUGCCUUAAAAGGAGAGAAGAAAGUGUAGAUAGUUAAAAGACUGCAGCUGCUGAAGUUCUGAGCUGGGCAAGUUGAGAGGGUUGUUGGACGGCUGCUUGUGGGCCCGGAGUAACCAGGUAGCCUUCAGAGGCGGUCAUGUGUGCAUGUGAGUGCAUGCGUAUAUGUGCGUCUCUCUUUCUCCCUCACCCCCAGGUGUUGCCAUUUCUCUGCUUACCCUUCACCUUUGGUGCAGAGGUUUCUUGAAUAUCUGCCCCAGUAGUCAGAAGCAGGUUCUUGAUGUCAUGUACUUCCUGUGUACUCUAUUUCUAGCAGAGUGAGGAUGUGUUUUGCAUGUCUUGCUAUUUGAGCAUGCACAGCUGCUUGUCCUGCUCUCUUCAGGAGGCCCUGGUGUCAGGCAGGUUUGCCAGUGAAGACUUCUUGGGUAGUUUAGAUCCCAUGUCACCUCAGCUGAUAUUAUGGCAAGUGACAUCAUCCUCUCUUCAGCCCCUAGUGCUAUUCUGUGUUGAACACAAUUGAUACUUCAGGUGCUUUUGAUGUGAAAAUCAUGAAAAGAGGAACAGAUGGAUGUACAGCAUUUUCAUUCAUGCCAUCUGUUUUCAACCAACUAUUUUUGAGGAGUUAUCAUGGGAAAGAUCAGGGCUUUUCCCAGGAAUAUCCCAAACUUCAGAAACAAGUUAUUCUCUUCACUCCCAAUAACUAAUGCUAAGAAAUGCUGAAAAUCAAAGUAAAAAAUUAAAGCCCAUAAGGCCAGAAAACUGCUAUCUUCCUCUAAAUAUGAUUACUUUAAAAUAAAAAAGUAACAAGGUGUCUUUUCCACUCCUCUAUGGAAAAGGGUCUUCUUGGCAGCUUAUCAUUGACUUCUUGGUUUGGGGAGAAAUAAAUUUUGUUUCAGAAUUUUGUAUAUUGCAGGAAUCCUUUGAAAAUGUGAUUCCUUUUGAUGGGGAGAAAGGGCAAAUUAUUUUAAUAUUUUGUAUUUUCAACUUUAUAAAGAUAAAAUAUCCUCAGGGGUGGAGAAGAGUUGUUUUCAUAAUUUGCUGAAUUUCAGGCAUUUUGUUCUACAUGAGGACUCGUAUAUUUAAGCCUUUUGUGUAAUAAGAAAGUAUAAAGUCACUUCCAGUGUUGGCUGUGUGACAGAAUCUUGUAUUUGGGCCAAGGUGUUUCCAUUUCUCAAUCAGUGCAGUGAUAAACGUACUCCAGAGGGACCGGGUGGACCCCCGAGUCAACUGGAGCAAGAAGGAAGGAGACAGACUGAUGUUGAUUCCCUCUCAGCCGGGACUCUCCCCCUUUCAAGGAGAGUGAACGUAAAGGCCUCAUCUCCUUUAUUGCAGUUCAAAUCCUCACCAUCCACAGCAAGAUGAAUUUUGUCAGCCAUGUUUUGGUUGUAAAUGCUAGUGUGAUUUCCUACAGAAAUACUGCUCUGAAUAUUUUGUAAUAAAGGUCUUUGCACAUGUGACCACAUACGUGUUAGGAGGCUGCAUGCUCCGGAAGCCUGGACUCUUAAGCUGGAGCUCUCGGAAGAGCUCUUCGGUUUCUGAGCAUAAUGCUCCCAUCUCCUGAUUUCUCUGAACAGAAAACAAAAGAGAGAAUGAGGGAAAUUGCUAUUUUAUUUGUAUCCAUGAACUUGGCUGUAAUCAGUUAUGCCAUAUAGGAUGUCAGACAAUACCACUGGUUAAAAUAAAGCCUAUUUUUCAAAUUCAGUGAGUUUCUCAAGUUUAUUAUAUUUUCCUCUUGUUUUUAUUUAAUGCACAAUAUGGCAUUAUAUCAAUAUCCUUUAAACUGUGACCUGGCAUACUUGUCUGACAGAUCUUAAUAUUACUCCUAACAUUUAGAAAAUGUUGAUAAAGCUCCUUAGUUGUACAUUUUUUGGUGAAGAGUAUCCAGGUCUUUGCUGUGGAUGGGUAAAGCAAGGAGCAAAUGACAAGGUAUUAAGCACUGGGGCCUGUCUUAUCUACACGCGAAGGUAAGAGUGGCCGAAACGACAGGGCUCAGCAGACUGUGGCCUGAAGGUCAAAUCUGGCCCACCACUCGUUUGGUGUAGUCUGCUAAGAAUGGCUUUUACAUUUUUAAAUGGUUGGGAAAGAAAAACAAAAAGAAGUAGUAGUUUUUGUAGCAGGUAAAAAGUAAUGUAAAACUUAAAUUCCAGUAUCCAUAAAUAAAGUUUUAUGAGAACAGAA